AUGUCCAGCUGCAGGACGGGUAUUGUGUCCAUUCUCAAUAAUGACGACAAUCCAUCUUUCGCGGUUCGCUCCGCACCCCGACUCACUCGGACUCAAACUUCGCCAUCUUAUCACCCACAUCACUCACAGCUGCCCCCGCCCGAGUACACCCGGCCCCAUGCUUCAUCCGAAUCUCCAGCUGCAUCACCUCGAGGCACCAGACACCCGUUCGAGCCGGUAACUGAAGCCGUACAGCCUGUUUCGCCGGGUUCAUCCAAUGGUUCGGCCUACGAUUAUAUCACUAGCCAACCGUCAGGUUAUCACCCAUACGCCCGGCAGGAUCCGCGACAAGAGCCCUACAGAUUUCCAGCUCGCGGUCCCGCACCUCCCAGGACUCCCCCGGAGGCACGGUCAACCUCUGAAACGACCCAACCUGGUCCCCGCGGCACGGGUAGAAAGAACAAGUACCCGUGUCCUUACGCAGCCAGUCACGGCUGCUCAGCGACAUUCACGACCUCCGGCCAUGCGGCACGUCAUGGCAAGAAGCACACUGGUGAAAAGAGUGUGCAUUGUCCGAUCUGCAACAAGGCCUUUACGAGAAAGGAUAAUAUGAAACAACAUAUCCGCACCCAUCGUACCCACUCUGAUGAUCUGCGCUCUACUUCCGAGCCCGAAACAGAGGGUCGAUGGAAUGUGGCUCGUCCUGAUUCUACAUUUGUGGCGGCUUCGCAUCAGCGCAAUGUCAGUCAGCUUACAGAGCCAGGGGCACAGCCUGUUCCUGGAUCUGCCCCGAACGCACCCUGA